UCUUGACCAACACACGCACGCACACGAUGGCAGACGACUGUUCGCCAAAGCUGCUGAAACCCUUGCAGCGCAUGACACUCACUGACAAGGACGAGCAGCAGCAACUACAACAGCAACAACCACAACAACAACAACCACAACAACCACAACAACCACAGCAGCAGCAACAUCAACAAGAGGAGCAGCUCGCGCCAAAGGCACCCUUGCUUCCCAACCCAGACCCUCAACCAACACUCAGCGCCGAGGACCGGGCGGCAGCCGUUCGUGAUGCAGAGGAGGCAGUGAGAACCGCGCUCAACAAGCGCGUUCAGGAUCGCCAAAUGAUUAUGGAUGUGCGCGACAAGCUUCACAAGUUCAUCCACGCCCCCGUCAGACAGCUCGUGCUCGGAGAAAUGUCGUCGUAUCACCGCAUGAUUUGCCACAAGAUGGCGGAUCUGUUUGGCCUCGACCACUCGGUGGAUAUGGGCGGCCAACGCGUGGUCUACACAAAAGUCGCUGGCGUGUCUGUCUGGUCGCCCCGAAUCGACGAGCUGCUGGCCGAACAAGACGAAACAAACGAGGCUGCGGAGGGAUCGUUUGUGCUGAUGAAGCGGCCGGCAAACGCAAAGGGCCGCAAACACACGCGCGCGGCACGGGCGCAGCGGGCAGCCGGCAACGGGGACGCAAAGGACGGAGCCAAGGUGGCGGGAGAUGGACCGAAUGGCGCUGGUGAGAAGGAGGAUGACGCGGCAGCGGAAGGGAGCGAUGAUGGCGCAACAGGACGCCAACGGACGCUGAGCGAGAAGGAGGACGAGUACCAGCGUGCACGUGCGCGCAUCUUCCGCGACGGCGAUGAUGACGACGAGAAUGACGACAUCAUCGACGCCCCUGCACCAGCACCAAAUGCCGCACCCACUACCCACCACCAACACCAUCAACAGCAACACCAACAGCAGUUGGAGGUGGGGAGCGCGCCUGCACCUGUGCCACCGUCGCUGUCAGCAUCUUCGUCGGGGGGCGGAGACGGCAGAGUGCGGCGAGGGCGACAUCGACACCAGCCCGUCGGUGGCCGGCACCGCGGUGGCAGCAGCAGCAGUGGUGGUGGCGGUAUGGAUGAUCGGGACCUCACACCCCAGCAGCGCAUGGCGCAGCAGCAGAUGUACGCGGCGAUGAUGCAGACGCACAUGACCGCCAUGCACAUGACCAGACUGCAACAGCACCAGCACCACCAGCCACACCACCAGCACCACCAACGGGGGCAGCAACGCUUCUAUUCGCACCAGCACCAGCACCAGCAGCCAAUGCCAUACAUGCCGCCGCAGCACCAGCAGCAACAGCAGCAGUCGCCACUGCCGCCACAACAGACGUAUGCGUAUGGUGGUGGUGGCGGUGGUGGUGGUAACAUGUCCUCGCCCCAAGUGGCGCCGACCUAUGGGGUGCAUCAACCGCCACAGCAGUUCACCGCGCCCCAGCACCAACACCAACACCAACACCACCAGCCACAACAUCAACAGCAACAUCAGCCGCAGCAGCCGUGGAUGAUGGGCCAGCAGCCAAUGCAGAUGCCUCAGGAUGGGAACGGGGUGUGGUCGAUGAUGCAAGGUGUGCCGCCGCCGAUGAUGGGAGCCCCCGUGCCGUCCUCACCGCCCCAGCACCACUCGCCGCCACCGCACCCGAUGCACGCCGGGUACCACCCGAUGCAGCCCGCGUCGCCCAUCCAGCAGCCGUCCAGCCCGCACGGCAUGCACGUGGCACCGCCGAUGAUGGCGCCGGGCAUGAUGGGGUGGCCAAUGCCUGCCCAGUACGCAAUGCCGCCCUCGUCAUCGCCAGCAGCAUCGAAACCCCCGCUCAUCCCAGGCCAGCCACCAUACGCCCCACAGCAGCACCAGCAACAGCACUACCGCCAGCAAGAUAGGAACCGCAGCCACAGGAAGUAAAAGUGUACAACUGUUCUCAUCAAGGCGGCAGCUUGCCCGUUUUAAUCAACGCCAGCCAGCAACACCAGCAAAUGGACGCUGUGACUUGAUUCUCAACCGUUCUGUGCGCCUUCCUUAAUUGUCUUGCCUGUUCUCCUGCAGUUAGCCAUCCAGCUCUCUUCCUCUCUUCUCAAAAGCGGGGAGGGGGUACACGUUACACUGUCGUGCUCACACGGUAAACCACCUCACCCCG